AUGGAGUUGAGCAUAUGCCGGAAUCAACCCGGGCUGGAGAUCCUCUACCAAAAAUAUCAGAAUCGACUCAGGCAUUCAUAUUUCAUCGUCUUCCUCCUCAUUCAAGCCUUUCUCAGUACUGUCACAAUAGUGAUGGAAUGCAUCGGUCAAUGCCUGGAAGAUUUGGUGGAGGUGGUGAUAACUCAUGGGAUCGUGUUGGCUGUCUGCAUCAUUCUCUUGAUAGCCAUCCAUAAGGAGAAAUUAUUUCUCCAGGCGCCUUCUUCAGUAUCGUUCAAAGAUGGAUCCCGAUCUUCGGGUUUGAAGACCCUCGGAGAUUCAUUGGGACUCCUCAGCGUCAAGUCACGGUCUUCCUGGAUCCGGAAAGCCAGCACUGUCUUGAUUUUCAUCCCCCUCCUCGCCAUGCAAAUCACGAUGGCCUUGGCAUACGCGAGUGGUAGAAGCUUUACGACUCACUGGGAUUGGAGUUUGUACAUGGUGCUGGUGUGCUACAUCUUUUUCCCUUUGGGGGUGUCCGUAAAUGCAGUUCUCGCCAUUCUCGUUUCUCUCGUCCCCAUAUUUAUGUCUGUGUUCGUGAAGUCAUCUCGUGAGUCCGGGGACAGAACCCGGAAGGUGCUAGUCGACUUCUUCGUGAUGGUAGCAGGGAAUGCCGUGGGUUUAUAUUUCUGCUUCAUGACCGAGAUCGCGCUUCGAAGAUCCUUCUUAGACAAGAGGGCAUCUAUCGUUGCCAAGUACAUGAGGGAAUACGAGGAAGAGACAGAAGAGCACUUGCUAUCAAGUAUCAUACCGGAGACGAUGGUAACGGAAUUGAGGAAGUGUUUGAGAGAGGCCGUGGUGGUGAAUAAAAGAAACAAGGAUUACUCCAUCGUCCCCAUUCUCCCCAGCCUUUCUACGAAACCCUUCGCGAAGGUGUUCGCACAUUUCCAUGAGAAUGUGAGCAUCCUCUACGCGGAUAUAGUCAAUUUUACCCCUCUCACCGCAUCUAUGAAUGAGGAAGAGCUCGUGAGACUUCUCAACGAUCUCUUCGGGAAGUUCGACAAGGCCGUUAAGGAGUUCAAUUGCCUUCGGAUCAAACUCCUCGGUGACUGCUACAAUUGCGUGUCGGGGAUCCCAGACAGCACGGAAAAUCACGCUUGGAACUGUGUGCUUUUGGGUCUGAAUAUGAUUGCUAUCAUCAGAGAAGUCCGGAAGAAGUGGGGAGGAAUAGACGUUGACAUGAGGAUCGGAAUCCACAGUGGAAGUGUUUACAGCUGCAUUCUCGGAAUCUCCAAGUUGCAAUUUGAUAUCUGGUCCCCGGACGCCAAAAUUGCCAACCAUAUGGAACAAGCUGGACGACCAGGGUGCGUUCACAUCAGCCAAGCAACUUGCACGGCAUUGGGGGAGAACCACGGGUUCUACUUCGAACCAGGGAGAAGGGAUAGUUUUUUGGAAGAGAAGGGAGUCACCACGUUCUUCAUCCCUAUUUCUCGUAACAGACAUUUUGUAUCUGUGGAGACAUUAAUCUCGACAGAGGGACUAAUUUCUGUCCAAAAUGAGAUGAGUCGUCAGCCUUUGUUGCCGAACUCGCAGUGGCUUGAGACAGAGGAGAUUCAACCGUACUUCUUAGCAUUUAAGGACCUGAAGUUAGAGUGGGAUUUUAUCCGACAGCCCGAUAUGCUGAUCAAGUAUCCCAUCUUGGCUGCCUCCGUUCUCAUCAUCAUUCUCGGCAUCAUCGAAAUCCUCUCCGGACCUGAGUUCGACGGUUGGCAUCAUAGUUUGGGUUAUGGUUAUCCUGUUCCUGCUCACUCUAACCAUUUGGACUUGGAUUGGCUCCAUCCGUGCAAAAUGGCUGAGAUGGAAGAAUUCCCUGGAACAGCUGGAACCACUUGUAUGGAAGAUGGAGAAGGUACCCCAACGUCUCAUUGUUUCUUCAUGGAUUCGAAUCUUGCUCUUCUUCGCCUCUGCCUCUGGUGCCAUUCUGGUCGCUACUAUUUCCCAUAUCGUUCAAUGCACGGGAUCGACGAUCGGCAAAUGUUCAUUCUCAAGGGUCCUUUUCCAAUUGUCUUCUUUCAGCCUUUCGCUUCCGACAUUCCAUUGACGUUCCAUCUCUGUCUCCAGUCUCUGACACAGGAGUUCGCGGUGGUGCUGAGCACGAUCUUCGUCUUCUAUCACAUUCAUUUCCUGUUGAAGCUGGGUGCCAUGGUGGUAGCAUUGAGUAUUUACGGGAUCGUUGAACAGAUGCUUUUCCACAAACAGCUGUCUGAAUGGGACAAGAAUUCGGUUCUCCAAGAGGAAUCAUCUCUUCUUCCGCAUGUUCACUAUCUUCUCGCAAUAUUCCUUCUCCUCCAUGUCAUCGACCGACAAAGUGAGUACUUGUUCAAGUUGGAGUAUAAGUGGAAGAAAAGCCUGCUAAAGGAGCAAGAAGAUGCGGAGUUGGCGGGAGAAGGGCGAGUUUGCGUCUGGGCAGGAAGCAAUCUGAUUUCAGACUUUUGUUACACUCUGUCUCCAGCUGAAAGAUACUUGCACCAGAAGCACAAGAAGGAACUUUACCACGAGAGGUAUCAUUCUGCAGCUGUGAUGUUUGCCACGAUCCUCAAUUUCUGGCCGGAGGAAGAUGCGAAUUUGGAGAGGAUUCGAGUGGAACUGGGGGCUGGCAAUGAGCUUGAAGUUAAAAGAAACUCUCUUUCUUUUCUCAACAGCAUCAUCAGCGAUAUCGAUCAGCUCCUGCUCUCUCACAAUCGGGUGCAGAAGAUCAAGCUGAUUGGAACGACAUACAUGGCAGCCGUGGGCCUAGAACCUAGGAUAGAAUCUUACGUAGAUUCUCAGGAUGAUAAUGCAAUGGCCACCCGGAACAGCACCUCAAUGGUCGCCUUCGCCGCCGCCCUCAUCGACCUUAUCAUUCAACGCAAUCGACAUGGCUACCAAAAUCUCUGCGUCAGAAUAGGGAUUGCGUGCGGUCCAGUGAUAGCGGGGGUGGUGGGAGACGAGAAGCCCCUCUACGACAUCUGGGGAGAUACUGUGAACAUGGCUUCCAGGCUGGAAUCCACCGGAGAAGAAUGGAAGAUUCACAUCUCGGAAGAAGUUAACAAUUUCCUCCGACGCCAUGACAUCGCCUCUUUUUAUCGAGGUUUGACCAAGAUCAAGGGUAAGCCUCAGCGGAUCCCCACAUAUUUCGUGGACCUUGACAGGUUCAGAAAGAAGCGACAGCACUUGAACGGCUUCGCCACUCCAGUUAUCCCGGGUUCGUUCCGUCGUCUCGACCCAAAGCAUCGCUUUGCAGUGAAAUCCACCAGCGAUCGGUUGAUGUGUCACGAUAAGAGCCUGGAUCCAAGACGCAUUGUUCUGCAGAGUUCGCUCGAUAGCAAGAAAGAGCACCUUCAAAGGACGCACAAGCCGCUGGAGGAUCUGUACGACCUUUAUGAAAUCCUUGACCUAGGUGAUACUGAUGAAGAUCACGAAGAAAUUCUGACUCAGAAUGAAUGA